GCAUUAAUGAUUUUCAAGAAUGUUGUGACGGAAGACUAGGUGGGACUAUUGAGAAGCCGAGCUGCAUUUUCCGAUGGGACUUGUAAUCAUUUCUCGAGUCCAAUACCAGCAAUUUGCCGCCACCGAUUGCAGCCGCCACGAUCGAUCCUCCUUUUCUUCCUCCUCCAAAUGCCCAAGUCAUAAAUGGUAAUAUGUCGAAGUACCUGCGCAUUGUCAUUGCUGCAGUAGGUUCGACAGUUCUCUUCGUGGUGGUUAUCGUCUGUGUGUUUUGCUUUAUUAGAAGGAGAAGAAGUAAUCCAUGGGAGGUCUCAUCUGCAAAAGACGAGGUUGAAACUGCUGAAAGCUUACAGUUCAGAAUAAGCGAGAUCAGGGCUGCCACAAAUUUCUUUUCAGAAGCCAAUAAGCUUGGAGAAGGGGGAUUUGGAAAAGUUUAUCAGGGCAAGCUUGAAAAUGGACAAUACAAUACAUUGCUGUGAAAAGGCUUGAAAGAUGUACUAAUCAAGGUCAACAACAGUUUAAGAAUGAGGUCACUCUAAUGGCCAGGCUUCAGCACAAAAAUCUGAUUAAGCUCCAUGGGUAUUGCUUGGAAGAAGGGGAAAGACUUCUGAUUCUUGAGUUUGCACCCAAUGCAAGCCUCGAAGGAUUCAUUUCUGAUUCAGUCAAACGUACAUCGUUAAGUCGGGAGAGGCGUUUGAGUAUAAUCAGAGGAAUCGCUCGAGGACUUCUUUAUCUGCACGAGGAUUCACCCCUUAGGAUCAUACACCGUGAUGUGAAGCCUGGCAAUGUUCUGCUGGAUGAGAACAUGAAUCCUAAGAUAUCCGAUUUUGGCACGGCCAGGCUAUUCGUUUUGGACCAGAGUAGGGAAAAUACUGCACGAAUCGCAGGAACUUUUGGCUAUAUGGCUCCUGAAUAUGUAAAGCAUGGAGAGAUCUCUGUGAAAACUGAUGUGUAUAGUUUCGGCGUAGUGGUAUUAGAGAUCAUCAGUGGCAAGAAGAAUUCAUACUUCAGCGUUUCAGGGAAUUCGGAGCACCUACUGAGCUACGCAUGGAAAAAUUGGAGAAAGGGAACACCUUUCCGCCUUAUAGAUCCCAUGUUAAAUGGCAGUUCGAGAAACGAAAUGUCAAGAUGUAUCCAAAUCGCGUUGUUAUGUGUUCAAGAGAACAUAACAAGACGGCCUACCAUGGCUUCGGUGGUUUUGAUGCUCGAGAGCCAGAGCACAAACAUCCCAACACCAACACGGCCUGCAUAUCUGACAGAUGCAAGUGGUAGAGAAAUUUUGACUUCAUCUAUUAAUGGAUCAGCACGAACAUCAAUAAACGAAGCUUCGAUGAGUGAUCCACAACCUAGAUGAAAACUCUAUCUCUUUGGGCGUGGACCCGGCUACCUAUAAAUUCAUGGGGCAAUCUGUAAGCCCCUUGAAACGGCCGAAGUCAAACCUUUGAUCUAUGCAGGUUGCAGUCUACUUCAUUAUCUAACAUGAUGUACGAAUCAAGCUAUUCUAGUACCCUAUUGCUUCUGUCUCCUCUUACCUGGUACUCGUGA